GUGCAUUGCCGCCGCCGCGGGCGUGCUGGCUGGCGGGCGGCGGGCCCGCAGUGGCUCGGCGUCCCGGCUGCGCGACGGGCCGAGCGCUAUGGCCGCCUCUUUGGGCCCGGCCGGCGUCGGCGGCGCCGGCCCGUCGGGCUUCGCCUUCGACUCGGGACUCGAGAUCAAAACUCGCUCGGUGGAGCAGACGCUGCUCCCGCUGGUCUCUCAGAUCACCACACUUAUUAAUCAUAAAGAUAAUACCAAAAAGUCUGAUAAAACUCUGCAAGCAAUUCAGCGUGUAGGACAAGCCGUCAACUUGGCAGUUGGAAGAUUUGUUAAAGUAGGGGAAGCUAUAGCCAAUGAAAACUGGGACUUGAAAGAAGAAAUAACUAUUGCCUGUAUUGAAGCUAAACAAGCAGGAGAAACAAUUGCAGCACUUACAGAUAUAAGCAGCUUGAAUCACCCAGAAUCUGAUGGCCAGAUCACAAUUUUUGCGGAUAAAACAGGCGUUAUAAAGGCUGCAAGAUUACUUCUUUCUUCAGUGACAAAAGUGUUGUUGCUGGCAGACCGAGUAGUCAUUAAGCAGAUAAUAACAUCAAGAAAUAAGGUUCUUGCAACUAUGGAAAGACUGGAGAAAGUGAAUAGCUUUCAAGAGUUUGUCCAAAUAUUCAGUCAAUUUGGAAAUGAAAUGGUGGAGUUUGCACAUCUAACUGGUGAUAGACAAAAUGAUCUGAAAGAUGAGAAGAAAAAGGCAAAAAUGGCAGCAGCAAGGGCAGUUCUUGAAAAGUGUACAAUGAUGCUUCUCACAGCCUCAAAGACCUGUCUCAGGCAUCCCAACUGCGAAUCAGCACAUAAAAACAAAGAAGGAGUAUUUGACCGAAUGAAAGUGGCAUUAGAUAAGGUGAUUGAAAUCGUGACUGACUGCAAACCAAGUGGAGAGACUGACAUGUCAUCUGUCAGUAUUUUUACUGGAAUUAAAGAAUUCAAGAUGAACAUUGAAGCUCUUCGGGAGAAUCUUUAUUUUCAGUCAAAAGAGAAUCUUUCUGCGACUUUGGAAGUCAUCUUGGAGCGCACAGAGGACUUUACUGAUUCUGCCUACACCAGCCAUGAGCACAGGGAGCGCAUCUUGGAACUGUCCACUCAGACGAGGCUGGAACUGCGGCAGUUGAUUUCUGUGUGGAUUCAAAGUCAAAGCAAGAAAACAAAAAGUAUUGCUGAAGAGCUAGAACUCUCUGUAUUGAAAAUCAGCCACAGUCUCAAUGAACUUAAGAAAGAACUUCACAGUACAGCAACUCAGCUGGCAGCAGAUCUGUUAAAAUACCAUGCUGAUCAUGUGGUUCUAAAAGCAUUAAAACUUACUGGAGUAGAAGGAAAUUUAGAAGGUUUGGCUGAAUAUGCCUGUAAACUCUCUGAACAGAAAGAGCAGCUUGUUGAGGCCUGUCGAUUGUUGCGUCAUAUAUCUGGGACAGAACCUCUUGAAAUAACCUGUGUACAUGCAGAGGAGACAUUUCAGGUGACUGGCCAACAGAUAAUUUCUGCUGCUGAAACAUUGACAUUGCAUCCGUCCAGUAAAAUUGCUAAAGAAAACCUAGAUGUCUUUUGUGAAGCUUGGGAAUCCCAGAUUAGUGACAUAUCAACACUGCUAAGAGAAAUCAAUGAUGUUUUCGAAGGAAGACGAGGAGAGAAGUAUGGCUACCUUUCACUUCCAAGGCCAAUGAAGAAUAAUGCAAACCUGAAAUCAUUAAAGGCAGACAAGCCUGACUCUGAGGAGCAAGCCAAGAUAGCAAAGCUUGGACUUAAGCUGGGUUUGCUUACCUCUGAUGCCAACUGUGAGAUCAAGAAAUGGGAGGAUCAGGAAAAUGAGAUUGUUCGAAAUGGGCGGAACAUGUCCAGUAUGGCCUAUUCUCUAUAUUUAUUUACUAGAGGAGAGGGGCCACUGAAAACUUCCCAGGAUUUAAUUCAUCAACUAGAGGUUUUUGCUGAAGAGGGCUUAAAGCUUGCUUCAAACGUGCAAGUUUUCUCAAAACAGCUGAAAGAUGAUGACAAGCUUAUGCUUCUCCUGGAAAUAAACAAACUAAGUCCUUUAUGCCACCAGCUCCAGACAAUAACUAAGACACCUUUGCAAAAUCAAGUGUUUCUAAAGGUUGAUAAGUGUAUUACGAAGACAAGAUCCAUGAUGGCUAUUUUGGUCCAACUUCUCUCGCUUUGCUAUAAACUGCUGAAGAAGCUUCAGAUGGAAAACAACAGAUGGGUCUCGGUUACCAAUAAAGACUCCAUGGAUGGUAAAACUUGAGAAGCUUUUGGGGGCAGAUCUCUGGAACUGCAUGUAGCAAAGCUGAUAUUUUAAAAAAGCAAAUGAUCCUUUAUAUUUUCAGAAAUUCAACAAUUUUAUAAAGAAAGCAGUAAUGAAAUCUUGCUUUAUUUUCUGAUCUUGAAAGUGAUUGUGAAGCUUUUUGACAACUAAUAAAUGCCAUGGUAGUUUCUAGA